AAAUCCAAAACCAACUUAGUUCCAGGAUCAUUAUCAGAAGAAUUUUCUACUGGCUACCUCCUAGGAGAACUUCUGCAUAAGUAUGAGCUUCAGGAUGACUUUAAUCAAUUUUCACAGAGCAGGGUUGCAAAUGCAAAACUUAACAAUUUUUCUCGCCUGGAGCCGACACUUCAACUCCUUGGUGUACAAUUUAAUGAGAAUGUGGCCCAAGACAUCAUGACAGGGCAGCAUGGGGCUGCAACAAAGCUUUUAUAUCAAUUGUAUAUUGCUUUAGAAAAAAAGAGGAAGGCAAAGCUCACUGGAGUAGCCAUGGAAGCUAUGAGACCUGCAGCACCUGCAAAGCUCAAGUCUAUUGAAAGUGUUUUAUAUAGAGAGCGUCUGAAAAAUUUAAUGCCACGUCAGACUGACUUGCAGCUGCAGCAGGUUUCAGAGCGUUUUGAAAUGAAAUCUAAGGCAAUAGAAAAUAAAAUAGCUCGUAUGCAUAUUGCAGAACAACAGAAAGCUCAAAAGCUCCAAGAGGAACAGAGAGCCCAAGACAUUGAAAAGCAUCGCAUAGGAAGAAGGAGACAAAAUGAAAUAAUGGCUAGAAUUCAAGCAGCUGUUAUACAGAUUCCAAAGCCACCACCAAACCACACAAUAAAAGCUAUUGAAGCCAAAAAAUUGCUAAAGAAGAAAAAAGAAGCAGAGGACACAUACAAGGAAAUUAAAAAGUUUGAGAAGUCUAUGACAGAAAAUACCACAGCAGUACUCAGGAGCCAAGUCACUGACAGUGAUAUAGAAAAAUCAUUGCAAACACAGAGGUCGCGUACAACAACCCUAGAAACUACAGCACAGACUACUGAACUGUUAAAUAUUUAUUCAGAUGAUGAAUAUAUUAGGAAAAUCCAAAAACGUUUGGAGGAAGAUACAUUUGCUAGAGAGCAACGAGAAAAGAGACGGCGAAAAAUGCUAAUGGAACAGUUAAUAGCACAUGAAGCACAAGAGGAGGCUUACCGGGAGGAGCAACUUAUUUACAGACUAAUGAGACAAUCUCAGCAGGAGCGGAGAAUUGCUGUUCAACUCAUGCAUGUUCGACAUGAAAAAGAGGUGUUACGGCAAAACAGAAUUUUCAGAGAAAAACAAUAUGAAGAAAGAAGACUGAAAGAGUUCCAGGAAGCUCUUGACAGAGAAGCGGCUCUUGCCAAACAAGAAAAGAUUGAUUAUGAGGAGCAAAUUAUCCAAGAAAGAGAACGUCAUGAGAAAAUUGCUGCUGGAAGAGCUCAGGCUCGUUAUAAAAAGCAUUAUUCUAUCUGUUGGGAAGUGAUCGACCAAAUUGUUGAUUUGUCAACAAAAGUAGGAGAAUAUCGAAUGCUGACCAACAACAAAAUUCCUUUCAAACUGAUGUGUGAUUGGAAAGAAUUUUUUUUAAACGGAAAACCAAUAUAUGAACAAGCUUCAAUUCAGCCUAUGCCAAAUGAACCAAGCCCAGAACAACUUGUAGAGCUGGAUAAAAUGAAUCUGUUAGAUGAGAAAGAUUAUGGUGAAUACAAGAGCAUGACAGGGGAAUGGUGUCCACCUGAAGAGAAUGGUGAAAACAAACCUCCUCUUAAUAAUAACGUACUGGGUCAUGUGCUUCGUAGAUUGAUGGAGAUUUUCUAUCCUCCAAAACCUAAACCUUCACCACCUGUGUUUCCUCCAUGUCCUGUCAAGGGAUGUAUUUUGGGAAAACUUUUUAGUGGAAAAACUACCUGUGUAAAGUUUCUUGAAAAAGUUUGCAAUAUUCAGGUAUUAUCUGUUGAUAUUCUGGUUCAGGAAGCCAUCCAAGCUUUUCUUAACUAUGAAAUGAAAAGUGAAAACAACUUUACUCUACAGGAAGCAGAGUGUUCUGGGAAACAAAAUAAGGUCCAGAGGAACUUCUCAUCAAUAUCAUCACAGCAAGUUCUAAAAAGACUCCAAACAACAUCCGUUAAUGGAACCGAAGAUAAUGGUUCUGUCAAAAAGGAUCUAUCUGGUCAAGAAAUUAUAUCAGACAAUUGUCAGGAUGACCAAUCCAAGCUAUCUGUACGUGCCCAGCUUGGCGCUGCAUCACAGAAAUUGUUGAAGAAAGGAAAAAGUAUUCCUGAUGAAUUGCUAAUUGCCAUCCUGUUGGAAGCCAUUAACCAAACACCGCCAGAGAAGGGCUGGAUUGUGGAUGGAUUCCCAAUGACAAUAAAUCAGGCAAAGCUACUUGAAAAAGCCUUUUCAGGGAGUGAUCCAGACAAAGCAGACAUAAAAGAUGAGAACUGUGGAAUACUCUCAUUGGUUACAGAUCCCAGAGACCCUAACAAGCCAUCAGUCCCCUCACCUGCCUUUGAUUUUUGUAUAUUAUUGGAUAUAUCGGAUACCACAGUACUGAAACGCAUGGCUAAUUUGAAAUCAGAUAAAUCAAAGUCAGCUCAAAUUGAACAGGAGGACAGCAAUCAAACUUCAAAUGCCAGAAUCCAAGAAGAGAAGAUUGGUUCAGUCAGGGACCAAAUGCUACAUAGAAUUUCAGGCUUUCUAGACACAUGGCCAAAAUUAGAGAAAUGGUUUUCAAUCCAUCAGAAUAUUCUAGUGAAAGUCAAUGCAGAAAUAGAAGAAAGUCUUCUGUGUAAAACAGUAAAGGAAAUCCUUAUGGAAGAAAUGGCCAAAAGACAGAAUAGAAGCUCUGCUGAAGAAAAAUCACCGGGAAAAAUGCCUUCACAGGCUACAUCUGAAGAUCUACCUCCUCCUAUUUCUGCGAGACCACCGCUAAUUAAACCAGGAUCAGAUGAGUGGGAGUAUGUAGAUGAACCACUUCCCAAGGAGAUACCUGAUUUUUUAGUACCUUAUUGGGAAAUGGUAGAAAAUGCAUAUGUGAAUACCAUCAAAACUGUACUUAGAUGCCUAAGGGAUGAACAGCACUCUGUGGUUUAUUACUUAGCAGACAUUAGAAAAACUUUCCAGGAUUAUCUGAAGUGUCCAGAUCUUAAGCAGGAGUUUGUAUCUCAGUGGCAGUCAGAUUUUAAUUCAAUUGCUGAUGACCUGCGGGAAGAUGAGGAAACAAAAGCAGAACUACACCAAAGAGUUACUGACCUGAGAAAUCGUCUCUGGGAUAUCUGUGAUAACAGAAGGGAAGAAGCUGACCAGGAACGUACUGAUAUCAUGAAUGAUGGCUGGUUACCAGAUCAUAAGGGGAUUGCAAUGAACCAUUUUUUUUCUCUUAUGCAGGUUGAAGUGGAUCGUUUCCAGGAUACAAAGAGACUCCUUCAUGACUAUUAUAGGGCAAUGGAAGGAAAAAUCCCAACAGAUGGCAGUCAUGAUUUUACUAGAAUUCCAUUGUUAGAUAUUAUUGGCUUAGAACAGAAAGAAGAUCAAGUUAAAUCAAGAAGGAUUCCUCUAGUUUCUCGUAAACCACCUUCGCCGGAUAUAAGUACUACCAAGCCAAAAAGCAAGGGAACCCCACUGAAGUGUGUUAAGGAUGAGAAUUCUUCUGAAAAUGUAUUGGUCACUUUUGGGAAAGAUGAAAAACUAAUUAUUGAUACAUGGCAAACAGCAGUAACAGCCAUAGCAAAUAUGGUAAAAGCUGAAAUACAAUCUAAAGAAGCAGAGGAAGAAAAAGAACAGCAGCUAGAACUAAAAGAGAGAGAACGUCUAAUAUCUUCUCAGACAAUGCCAGGCAAAACUUCUGGAAAAGAUUCCAAAGAUACCAAAAAGUUUUCUCCCAAAUCAGCUGUUAAAAAGAAAGGAGCACCUUCUCCUGCACCAGUGGUUGAAAUGAGUGCAAUUCCUCUAACCGCAGAAGAAGUAAAGAAACAAGAACUGAGACUUAAAAUAAAGCAGGAAUAUUUUGGUGCCCUUGAACAUGAAGAGGGAGCCACAAAAUCUCGACUAGAGCUUAUAAAAAAGAAAGCUUUAGCAUUUGUUGAAGAGCUAACAAGGAAAGUAGAAGAAACGUACAGAGAUAUGGAAAAGUGGCUUGGAGCCAGAUUCCUGGCAGAAAUGUCUAGUAUUGAAAAGCUGAUUGAGGUUGCACGGCACCAUAUUGAAAGUUCUAGCAAAAUCCAGUAUGAAAUGAUCUUAGAAGAGACAGAUUUCUUCAUCAGCAAUGAUAUCAAAGUAAUUCCCGAUCCUAUUCCUCCACCACAUCUUCCACCUGUGGAGACAUCUGGAAAUGGUGCUCUAACUAUUUCACAACUUACUACACUUCAUAAACAGUUUCUUCAGGUGGCACCUAAAGCUAUAAGAGCACUGAAGCAAUUUAAAGGCAAGAGUAAUUCUUCUAGCAAGAGAGAAGUUGGUGACCGAGGGAAAGACGACCAAGUUUUGGAACAUCAGAGAACAAAGAGGAAUCUCCAAUUUUCAAAAAUAUGGCUAACAAAAUACUCCUGGUUAAAAUAUGAUGAUGAAAGGGGGAUAAUGUUCUGUGCAUUGUGUCAUAAGCAUAAUGUAGAUUUGGGGGAAAACGUACAUAAUUUUUAUUCUGGCACAGAUGACUUCAAGCUUGAGUGUAUAAAUAUACACCAGAGUAGUGAAGCUCAUGCUUGGGCUACCUGCAUGGAAGCUGCCAGCACUGCUUCACCAGAUAUAGCUUCUGCUGAGCAGAUGUUGAAGGGUAUGAAUGCCAUAACGUUAGGAAGAGUAGAAAACAUUUUUAGAACAUGCCAUGCUAUCGCUAAAUCUGGACAUCCCUUUACAGACCUCGACUGGAUGUGCAAACUAGAUGAUAUGAAAGGAGUGGAUAUUGGUUCUGUAUUUAGAAAUGACAGGUCAGCAAGAAUGUUUAUACACUUUAUUGCUGAAGUAGAAAGAAGGACUUUAAAAGAGAAAUUGGAGAAAUGUAAAUUCUUCUCUCUCAUUAGUGAUGGAGUCACAGACAGUAUACUCAAAGCAGCUGCAGUUGUGUAUGUACGUUUUGCAAAUGAAGGAAAAGUCCAUUGCCAGAUUGUUGGGGUUCAACCUGUUCGCAAAACUGACGCUUCAAGCAUAAAAAAUGCAAUUGAGGAAACAUUACAAAUAAAUCUUCAGGUCAAUCUGGCAAGCCAAGACUGGUCAAGAAAAUUAGUUGGGUUUGGAAGUGAUGGGACAGAUGUCAUGGUAGGAGAAAACAAUGGCGUAGCUAAACUUCUGAGGGGAAUUCAGCCUUGUGUACAAUCUGUACAUUGUUUUGCUCACCGCCUUAAACUGGCUUACAAAGGAGCGCUGAAAAAUAUUCAGCUAUAUAAUAUCUUAAGCAAUGUCUUGAAAAAUAUGUAUUAUUUUUAUCAUAACUCACCUCUACAUAAGAACAAUCUCAAAGCCACAUAUGAAGCCAUUAAGUUACGCCCAGCUAUUCCUUCUCGCGUUGGAGGCUCCCAAUGGCUUCCUCGUCUACAAACAGCUCUCCAAAUUCUCCUUAAAGGUUAUCCUGCAAUUGUUCUACAUCUGACAAAGAUUGAAAGAGAUUCAAGAGCCUCAACUCAGCAAAAAGUCAAAGGCCUUUUACAGCUUCUUCUGAAAAUGGAGAUAGUCAAGUUCUCCCACUUCUUGUUGGAUGUCAUUAACGUCCUCAACAUUCUGUUACGUGUUGCUCUGGAUCCCAGUUCUUCCAUUGCAGAUAUAUUUGCAACCGUGCAGUCAAUGCUGGAAACACUCCACAUGUAUCAAACAAGAGCUGGUCCAAAAGAACGCCUGAUAGAGACUAUUCCGCACUUUCAUGGUUACCAGCUUGUUGGAAAUGGAAAUAUUUUAUCAGUACGAACUAAAGUACUAAGUAAUUUGAUGAAGAGGUUGCGUGAUUGUUUUUGCGAUGCAAGUCAAGAUGUUUUGAGAGCAACUACUAUUGGAAGUUUUAAACUAUGGCCUGAAAAAAUUAAACAAGAAUUUGGUGAAAAGGAAGUGUCUGUCUUGACUAAACAUUAUGAAGUCAUACUAGAAGCUGCCUCUGUGAAAACUGGUGAAGUUGAAACCGAGUGGAGCAUGUUGAAAUUAGAGCUAUAUAACAGAUUUCAGAACAUCCGGACCUUGACGUGGGAUUCAGUAAAUUCAGAUUAUUCCAAGAAGUAUCCCAAUAUCUUGAGUUUGGUAGAUUUGAUCCUAACGCUGCCUGCAAGUUCAGCUGAAACAGAGAGAGGCUUCAGUCAAAUGAAAUUCACCAUGAUGCACCUGCACUCUAAACUAAUGUCUGAAAGUGUGACAGAUCUUAUGAUAAUUCAGAUGAACUCUCCAGAUAUCAAAAAGUUUGACCCCAAGAAAGCUAUUCACCUGUGGAAUACUACUUGGCAGAGGAAUAGAAGACUACAGGCAGAUGAUACGAUAGUUAAAGGAAGAUCAGAUUGCUCCUCUGAGUUUGAUUUGGAGAGUCACUGUGGAAGUGAUUAGAUGAAAAUUCUGGGUUUUAACUUCACAAUCAUUCUUGUAACAUACAUAGAUAUUUUAAAAGAAUGUUUUGCAAGAUUAGUGAGAGUAAAAUUUGUAUUUAUAAUGUUUCAGUUUUAAAAUAUGGAUUUUUUUUGUGCAUAUUCACUGCUGAAUCUCCAUUAGCUGUUUACAUUUGCCUUUAUAUACCCAAUUUCUCCAAAAGACACAAAUCUGAAGAUAAUGAACAAAAAUAAAGGAGUACAUUGUGACCUUGGUGACACUUGAACUGAGGGAUGACUCAUGGCUUCUAAUUGUUUAUUGCUCUUAUUUGAGUCAUAAUACAUUACAUCCACUGGAGCUAGCUGUUAUCUUAGUCUCAAUCUUUCAUUGAUUCUGAAAACCUUGAUUUUUAUUUUUGAUAAAAGGGUGGAAAAAUCAGUGCAUUAUUUCUGUCAAAUGAAUUGCAUGACUACUUGACCUCUGUAGCCUAUGAAUUUUGGGUCAUGGCUUCUCUCGAUACUUGCUACUUUUUAGUCUUGCUACUUUUUAUUCUAUUCUGGGCAAGGUAUAACAUAGCCUUUUAUAGAUUUUUGUCAGACUUGUCCUUCAGAAGACAGAGGCAGAACAGAAACCAUUUUCCAUUGCUAAUUCUUAAUUGCCCAAGUUAAUCUUCCUAUAGCAAAUACUCUAGUAGGUAGGAUAUGACUACUAUACUUCACAGCUUGAAUCAUCAUUUUUCCCUGUAAAGAUGUGUUUAUGAGGGCUUCAGCAAUGCUGUAUCUUUAUUCUUAACCUAGAAGUUGAGAAUGAGAACUUCAGAGAAGUUUCUAAUUUCCUAAUUUGCCACUUUCUACUUUCUAAAUGUUCUAAAUGCAACUGUCUACUUUAUAAUUUCCAAUCAAGAAAAAACACGCCAAGAGAGUGUAUUUCAUUGCCUUCAAGCAAAGGCAACGAUUUAUAUCGAAAGAAAACUAAAGCAAAAUCCCUAAUGAUACUUCUUAGUCCUUCCAACAUAAAGAUGAACUGGAAAUAAUUAGGCAGAAAGAAAUUUGAGGUCAUUCACCUUUUAAAUCAACCCUUAUCUAAAUCAAGAUCAACUCUGUACUUUCAAUGUAAGAUGUGGCAUGUCUAGUAAUUGUAGAAGGUAUAUUAUAUAUAACCUUAUCAUAUGUAUCUUAUAUAAUUCAUGCUAAUUCUAGGUCUAAAUAGUUGCCCAUGUCAGAAAUAGAAUAGGUUUUGAAUGAAUGCCUCAUUAAGGGAUGUUAGUCCAGCCAGAUAGAGAUAAUUUGUUGGGAUCAGAACAUAAAAUCAGUAUUGUGCAUUAGAUGGUAGAUUAUAAAAUAUACAUAUUUGAAAUGUCUGUAUUUUUGAUUUCUCAGGUAACAAAAAUGUUUAGUUGUACUUUAGCUAAUAAGCAACAGGAUAUGUAUUAUAGAGGAUGACUUAUUAGAUUAGCAUUGCUGAUUUUAAAGAUUUUCUCCUGAGUCUCAUAAUAGUCAAUAUUUCCCUUUGAGAUUUUCAAACAGGAAGAUUCCAGCUGUGAUAAGAUUAGAAAAAGUGUAAGAAAACAUGUACCAGAAAGUCCAAUGGCAGAAGACAAAAAACAAAGUAACAAAAGCAUAUUGAAUCUAAUAAUACUGAAGUCACUUCCACGACUCUCUAGGGCAGCAUCACAUUUUUAUAUUGUGAGGACUGAAGAUGCUGGAUAUAUUGCUUUUGGCAAAAUACCAGAGAAAUCUUAGUAUCAUAACAAAAAAAAAUUUGGAAAGAGACAUCAAGAAGUCAGCUUGUCUAAGUCCUGCAAUGAAAUGGGAUCCAGUUUAGUAAUGCUAUCUAUAGCCUAUACUUGUUCCUCUUUUUUAUAAGCUUGUAAAAUAGUCCACUCUAAAUUUGUUUUUUUCUUUUUUCCCUAGUGCUUUAUUGUCCUUCUGAUUAUAUGGCUAUGGAGAGUAAUUAUGACCAUUCUUUUUGUAACAUUUUGUUUUAACUGGAAAAUUAUUGCUGUGUUUUCCCUCUGUCUUCCUUAUAUAGAUGAAAUUAGCAUAAUUCCUCCAACCUUUCCUCUCAGGCCAUGUUUUCUAAUCCUGUGAUUGCUCCCCCCUGGGCCCUCUUUAGUUUGCAUACAUUUCUCUUGAUCUGCAGAUGCCAAAACCAUGCUCCAGUAGAAGCCUUAACAGAUCUGAGAAAAGUGGAAGGAUUGUUUCCAGCAUCUUCCCACGUACUUUUUGGUGAUACUAUUUACUCAUUUUAGCUUGCAAUCAUCUAUAAUCCCUAGAGCCUUUUCUAUAGAACUGUUACCUUGGCAGUAAGGUUCCUGCCCUGACAUUUAGGCAGUUCAUUAUUAUGUUAGCCCCAUGUAGUACUUCACAUUUAUUCUUAUUGACUAAUGUCCUGUUUAUCUCAGACUAUAUCUCCAAUGUGUAAAGUUCAUUUUGAAUUCUAAUCCUGUUCUCCAGUGUGCUUGAUGUCCUUUCUAGAUUGUUCUUAUCUGCAAUAUAAUAAGCGUAUUUAUUUAUGCAUUCUAUUUAUCAAAGCAUAUCUCCCAUGACAUUUACUUAAUGAUUUUGACCAUCUCUCUAGUUUUUCAAAAUCUUUGAAUUCUGAUUCUUCCUCCAAAAUGCUUGCUAUCCUUUCCAAUUAAAUGGGUAUCUACAUGUUUCUUAAGUUCAUUCUCUGUUCAGUCACCUAGGUCAUGCAGCAAAAUAUUAACCAGAAGCCGACUCUAGAGAGUGGGACUCCCCUGAGAUGUGCUCCCAUGCUGAUAACUUCUCUUCAAGUAUAUUAUUUUAACCAGUUGUACUUCCAAUGUAUAAUAAUUUCAUUUACACUGAAUUUCCAUUAUUUGCAGGCAUCAGGUAGAGCAGUAUCAAAAGUCUUAAUAAGAAUUGCUAAUGGUUCAGAAAGUAAUUUAGCUUAAUCCUGUGACAUAAAGACCCCAGUGAAAGCUGGGGAACAGAGAGCAAUUGUUUCAAAUGGCAUAUCCAAUACAAGUGUCAUGUGAUCUUUCUAGGAAGUUGUUACUGCUCCAGAAAUGAUA